GGUAUUCCAUAUCUGUUUGCUCCCUAGGCGCACAUACUUGAUGGGCCACUGAGGCGAGUCGCAGUGGCCAGUGGAUGUGUGCCGUGUGAGUAUGGAUGGGCACGCGCCGAGGAUACAGCUCGUGUCAGCAGAUAGCAACAUGUCCAUGGGGCACCGAAUUCAGAUUGUGACCGAUCCGCAGAAGAAGAUCCAGAUUGUCACCGCCCUGGAGCCGGCGUCUCCCGGCAAGCAGCAGCAGUUUAUCCUGGCCAACGCCGAGUACUCCCCCGGCGGGAAGGUGAUCCUGGCCAAGCAAGAGGGCUCCCCCAACAAGGUCCUCCUCGCCAGCCCCGACGGCUCCGGGGUCAACCAGCUGCUCUUCGCCUCUCCCGAUCUGUCAGGACCGCAGAUUCAGUUUGUCACCGAGGGCUCCGAGCAGUCCGUUGCCAAGCCGAUUGUGGAGUACUGCGUUGUGUGCGGGGACAAGGCCUCCGGGCGCCAUUACGGAGCCGUCAGCUGCGAGGGCUGCAAGGGCUUCUUCAAGCGCAGCAUCAGGAAGAACCUGGUGUACACGUGCAGGGGCUCCGGCGAGUGCGCCAUCAACAAGAUCCACCGAAACCGCUGCCAGUACUGUCGACUGCAGCGCUGCAUGGCCGUGGGCAUGAAACAGGAUUCCGUGCAGUGCGAGAGGAAGCCGAUGGACGUGCCCGCCAGGGAGAAGUCCGUCAACUGCGCAGCCUCCACGGAGAAGAUCUACAUCCGCAAGAACCUGUGCAGCCCGCUGGCCGCCACGCCCACCUUUGUGUCCGACAGGGAGACUUCCAGGUCGGCGCAUUUGCUGGAGUCCAGCAUGUUGCUCAACAUCCAACAAUCUUUCCCCAAGCUGGAAAACACCAUCUUGAUCCCGGCAUCCCCGGAAAAGCACGACGACCCCUGCCACGGCGACCUGGGCACGCUGGCCAACGUGGUGACCUCGCUGGCCCACCUCAACAAGGCCAGGGAGGCCGGCGGCGGCGAGCCGGCCGACACGCUCAGCAACGGCGACGGCUCCAUGACGGACCUGCAGGAGGACGAGCAAAGCGAUAUCACCAGAGCCUUUGACACGCUGGCCAAAGUCCUGCACGCCGGCGACGGCUCGCCGCCGACCAACCUGGAGGCCACCAUGCGGCUGAUGUCGGGCGACCAGUCGGGCCCGGUGUCGGAAGUGGAGGGCUCGCUGCUCUCGGAAAGCCAUAUUCCAUUCAAACUGAUGAUGCCCGUGCCCGUGCCGGAGUACCUCAACGUCAACUACAUCUGCGAAUCGGCCUCGCGCCUCCUCUUCCUGUCCAUGCACUGGGCGCGCUCCAUCCCCGCCUUCCAAGCCUUGGGAGGUCAGGAGGACAACGACAUCAACCUGAUGAAAGCUUGCUGGAACGAGCUCUUCGCGUUGGGUCUGGCCCAGUGUUCCAACGUGAUGAACGUGGCGACCAUCUUAAGCGCCAUCAUCGGCCAUCUGCAGACCAGCUUGCAGGAAGAGAAGCUUUCCCAAGAGCGCGUGAAAGUGGUGAUGGAGCACAUCUGGAGGCUGCAGGAGUUCUGCAACAGCAUGACCAAGCUGUCCCCGGACGCUUACGAAUACGCCUUCCUCAAAGCCAUCGUUCUCUUCAGUCCCGAUCACCCCGGGAUCGACAAUACCCUGCAGAUCGAGAGGUUCCAGCAGAAGGCCUACAUGGAGCUGCAGGACUACGUCGCGCGGACGUACCCGGAAGAUUCCUACCGGUUGUCCAAGCUGCUCCUGCGGCUUCCCGCCCUGCGUCUGAUCAGCGCCGCCGUCACCGAGGAGCUCUUCUUCGCCGGCCUCAUCGGCAACGUGCAGAUCGACAGCAUCAUCCCGUACAUCCUCAAAAUGGACUCCACCGACUACAACAGCCAGUCGCUGCCCGGGGUUUGAGCCUCGUCCCCGCCUCCGCCGCCCCCCUUUGGCCUCGGGAAAGCCCGGACUGUCGCAGCCGGUCUCCGGCCAUGGCGUGGUUGCGUCGCCGUUCGUCCACCAACCACACACCCCCCGCCCACCCUUCGAGUCAGUCUGCAGAGCCUGGUGGCAUAAGAUAAGAGAGUCCGCCGGCUGUUCAUGUGCACAAUCAAGACGGAAGCGGCGCCCUUAUAGCGUGUUCGCUUGACUGGACGCAAUUUUGCAAUUUCUGCUUUGUCCGCCUCAAGGCCUUUUUGCAAAACCGUCAACAAAGGCGGUUCUGGUGGACACGUUUUCUGAGACGCUACUCGUAGACGGCUUGGGACGACAUUUCAGGAUGAACCUAAAAUGCGUUGGCUACCUAAAUGGACCAAUACGUUUCCACCUCUUUGCGUUUCUGUGACUCUUCCGGUCUCUCUUUUGCAACCCGCUGAUGACACACUGUGACAGUCGAAACUUAGUGGCUGCACUGGAAGAGUAACAGAAAGCCACCAGUGGUCAUGCGUUUUAGUUUCCUUCUAAAUUUCCGCCCCAAACUUGAUCUCCCAAACUUUUUGGGAGUAGUGUACAAUCAUGCUGUCCUGUGGGUUUUUUUUUUUUUUUUUUUUUGCAAUUGACUCCCAAAAUGUCCUCGUGAAUUUAUUUGUGGCUAAAGGUUAUAACCUUGUUUUUCUUUGAAAUUGUGGAUUUGUUUGCCCAUCCAAAGGAUCGGACCAACAAUGCCGUCACUGUGUGUAAAUAGAAUUUGGUGGAGAGCACUCUGUGAUGAUCACAUCCUGUCUUUUGGACAAAAAAAAUAUCUCUGAUGGUCUUGUCAUAUGAAAAUAAAAACAAGUCUCUGAUAUUUUUCCAACUUCA